AUGGCUCUCGCAAUCGCCCUUUACUCCCUGUCAGGCCGCGCUGCUCAAAAUCUCGCAUCAAAUACGACAGAAUGUCUUCCGUCAUGCGCAAGUCAGUACAGGAGUCUGCCUAGGAUAGUCUUCAGCUGUCUCACCACAUUCUUCCUGUGUAUCUGGGUCGCUCUCCAUCUCAACGUCCCCGAACCUGUGGACACCCGAGGCUUGAGUCGCUUGAAAAGACUCAAAAUCCGGGUGAAGUCGUUCUUUCGAUGUACUGUGAUUCCCAUCUUCGUAACUCUGGUGUUCCCAGAAUGGGUUCUGGGUAUGGCAGUCCGUCAGUUCCUUAAGGCCACUCAACUGGCCAAGGAGAUUCGCGAACUGCAGAAAGAAGAGACGGAGGUUACUCGCCAGCACGGAUUCUUCAUCCUCAUGGGUGGCUUCCACCUCUUUGAACAGCGCCAAUCUCUGUCGCCGAAUAAGAAUGGAGAGAAAGACGGAGAAGACGCUCAACUAUUGGCCAGCAACCGGGGGAGGAUCGAUCUAGUUGAAGAUAUUGGAAGCCCUGUGCAUCCUCUCGACGAAUUCGACGUCAUUCGUCUUAUUGAAGCCGGCAAACUUUGCCUUCCUCCUUCUGUCGAGCUGGAGGACAAGUGCAAGAGCGACGGACUCGCAAAGUUCCUUGUCGUGGCCCAAACGCUCUGGUUCAUUGCACAAUGCAUUGCAAGAAAAGUCAGCAAACUCCCGCUCACCGAGCUCGAAGUCAUUACGCUCGGCCAUACUCUGCUGACGGUGGCGAUCUACAUUGCAUGGUGGGACAAGCCAUAUCGUGUGACAUUCCCUAUGCGUGUGUAUGAAACACUCCCAGAACGUACAAAAGAGCAAGAGAAGGUGAAGGCGGAGAUGGAAGAUGCCGACUUUUGGGUGAUGGCUUUUGAGUAUGCCUCGGGCAUUCAGGGCGCAUACAUCGACCUACGGAGUGUGAAGCGAGUUGGAAUGUUUUACCCUGGGUACACUAAAGAUGGGUGGAAUGUCAGCGAUCUCGGCGGCAUUCUGACCACGAUCAUUGUUGGGACAUUGUUUGGUGCUGUCCAUUUUCUUGCGUGGUCGUCGCCCUUCCCAUCUACUCAUAUGCAAUUUUUGUGGCGAUUUGCGACCAUUGUUAUGACUGCUGUCCCACCUGCUACAGUUGUACUCUUUGUCCUCACUGGACUAAUCGGCGACUACGUGUCCAUCAUCCUGGGGGGUUUGAUCGGAUUCUUCCUAUUUCUAUUACCACCCUUGUACUUCGUUGGAAGAGGUAUAACAAUUGUGCUCGCAUUGGUGACGCUGGCGGCGCUCCCACUCGACGCAUAUCGAGACGUGGUGUGGUCAGACUUCUUCCCCCACAUUUGA